AUGCCUCUUUCCCUUCCACCCAGCCAGUGUUACUCUCCCUCCCAUAAAUACGCACUUCAUCUUACUAUUCUUCCGCUGCAUAUUGCCCUUCUUCCGCUGCAUAUUGCCCUUCUUCCACUGCAUAUUGCUCUUCUUCCACUGCAUAUUGCCCUUCUUCCACUGCAUAUUGCUCUUCUUCCACUACACAUUGCCCUUCUUCCGCUGCAUAUUGCCCUUCUUCCGCUGCAUAUUGCUCUUCUUCCACUGCAUAUUGCUCUUCUUCCACUACACAUUGCCCUUCUUCCGCUGCAUAUUGCCCUUCUUCCGCUGCAUAUUGCUCUUCUUCCACUGCAUAUUGCUCUUCUUCCACUGCAUAUUGCUCUUCUUCCACUACACAUUGCCCUUCUUCCGCUGCAUAUUGCCCUUCUUCCGCUGCAUAUUGCUCUUCUUCCGCUGCAUAUUGCCCUUCUUCCGCUGCAUAUUGCUCUUCUUCCACUGCAUAUUGCCCUUCUUCCACUGCAUAUUGCCCUUCUUCCACUGCAUAUUGCUCUUCUUCCACUGCAUAUUGCUCUUCUUCCGCUGCAUAUUGCUCUUCUUCCACUGCAUAUUGCCCUUCUUCCACUGCAUAUUGCCCUUCUUCCACUGCAUAUUGCCCUUCUUCCACUGCAUAUUGCCCUUCUUCCGCUGCAUAUUGCUCUUCCACUGCAUAUUGCCCUUCUUCCACUGCAUAUUGCUCUUCUUCCACUGCAUAUUGCCCUUCUUCCACUGCAUAUUGCCCUUUUUCCACUGCAUAUUGCCCUUCUUCCACUGCAUAUUGCCCUUCUUCCACUGCAUAUUGCCCUUCUUCCACUUGCCCUUAUUCCACUGCAUAUUGCCCUUCUUCCACUGCAUAUUGCCACUCUUCCACUGCAUAUUGCCCUUCUUCCACUGUAUGCUGCCCUUCUUCCACUGCAUAUUGCCCUUCUUCCACUGCAUAUUGGCCUUUUUCCACUGUAUAUUGCCCUUCUUCCACUGCAUAUUGCCCUUCUUCCACUGCAUAUUGCCCUUCUUCCACUGCAUAUUGCCCUUCUUCUACUGCAUAUUGCCCUUCUUCCACUGCAUAUUGCCUUUCUUACACUGCAUGUUGCCCUUAUUCCACUGCAUAUUGCCCUUCUUCCAUUGCAUAUUGCCACUCUUCCACUGCAUAUUGCCCUUCUUCCACUGUAUGCUGCCCUUCUUCCACUGCAUAUUGCCCUUCUUCCACUGCAUAUUGGCCUUUUUCUACUGCAUAUUGCCCUUCUUCCACUGCAUAUUGCCUUUCUUACACUGCAUAUUGCCCUUCUUCUACUGCAUGUUGCCCUUCUUCCACUGCAUAUUGCCCUUCUUCCACUGCAUAUUGCCCUUCUUCCACUGCAUAUUGGCCUUUUUCCACUGCAUAUUGCCCUUCUUCCACUGCAUAUUGCCUUUCUUACACUGCAUAUUGCCCUUCUUCUACUGCAUGUUGCCCUUCUUCUACUGCAUGUUGCCCUUCUUCCACUGCAUAUUGCCCUUUUUCCACUGCAUAUUGCCCUUAUUCUACUGCAUGUUGCCCUUCCUCUACUGCAUAUUACCCUUCUUCCACUGCAAGUUGCCGUCCUUCCACUGCAUGUGCAGAAUCUUUGCAACAAAUUUGAAGAUAAAUGGCAGAUGUAG